UCAGGCUCAGGCUUCGCUGAGAAACAGCCUGAGCAGAUCUAUUAUUGCCAUGAUAAUGAAUGCCAAGCUCUUGCUCACCACAUUCAAGGUAAGGGGUCUCCGCAAGCGGCUUCUGACGUUUCCCUGAGUGGAUGUCAUGGACCUCUUGAUCACCUAGUUUGCACAGUAUGGUCAAUGCCAACCUGGGAAGUGCUAAUGUGCCAAAGCGUCUGCCUGACAUUGUGAAAAUAAGCAGGACGAAACGCUGUCUCAAAUGCUGGUCAGCAAAGUGGCCCGCCAAAGAGUCACUGGACUUUUCGCUGUGAGGGCCAUGGCCGGCUCAAGUCCCCUGGGAAAGGAACGGCUGAAAGACUCUGCAUUAGCAGGGAAAGCAGAGCCAAACGAAGCGUCAUCACAGAGAAGACUGAGGAUACAAGAGCGUAUUGAGCGUAGGAAGCAGGAGCAAGAUGCUGCCAUGAACAGCCACAUGUUUGCUCAGAGGGUGGACCCCCUGACUGGCGCUGUAGACUGGGUGGUGGUCGGGGAGCAGACUGGGGCGUCUGUUUGCACUGAACCUUCCCAGGAUAGCUCAGAUCAAAGCAUAGAGUCUGUCGAGACUACCAGUAGUGGUGAGCGAGGGGACUGGAACGAAGCUGUCGUCCAGUCUUCGUAUCUUGACAUGCUGAAUGAUGGGGCGAGAAAUCGGGCGUAUGCGGAGGCGAUCGCAAAGGUGGUGCAGCCUGGGGACCUGGUGCUAGACAUCGGGACUGGAACCGGACUUCUGUCCAUGCUGGCGGCGCAGGCUCUGAGGAAGAAAAGCACCCUGCUACCCAGCCCCCCUCUCCUUAACCCCGAUCUUAACCCGGAACUUGUAGCACACACCAAACCAGACAACCCAGCAUGCCCGCAAGUCCUCACUUGCGAGUCCUUCCCUCCCAUGGCACAAUUAGCAGAGACAGUAAUCCAAGCAAACGGUAUGAAGGAUGACAUCCGGGUAUUCAACAAGCGCUCGGAUGAGCUGACAGUUGGGGACGGGGGGGAGCUGCCAAGGCAGGCGGAUGUGUUGGUGUCAGAGAUCCUGGACUCCGAGCUCCUGGGCGAGGGCCUCCUCCCGACCCUCCGCGACGCCUGGGCGCGCCGCCUGCGCCCCAGCGCACGCACCGUCCCCCGACGCGCGCGCGUGUAUGCGCAGCUCGUCGAGUGUGAAUACCUCCGGACGUGUCACGAUCUGUCGGGACGCGAAGCGGGGUUGCCGGACGGCGUCCGAAUCGCGACAGGUCCGGAAGCGUGCCUGGGGAGAGGCCCGCCGGCGUGGGCGGUACACGUGGACGCUUUUGGCGACAGUCUGAAGCCGCUCUCGGCUCCAUUUCCCGUGUUCGACUUCGACUUUGCAGCUCCUCCUUCCGGCGACAGACACGUGGCUCUCAACGUGACGUCAUGUGUAGACGGCACGGCCCAAGGUUUGAUUACCUGGUGGUCCAUCGACUUAGACGACGAGGGCUCCAUCACUUACACCACCGCGCCCAAGUACGCGCUCUCAGACGCCGACACGUGUCGCUACCGCGGCUGGCACCACCACUGGCGCCAGUGCGCCUGGCCGUUUCCCUCCGGAGGGUUUAGGGUGUCGGCCGGUGGCGCGGUCUCAGUAGAAGCGACUCACGACGACAUCGGGGUAUGGUACCGGGCGGGACCGAAGCAGGUUGUGACCCCAGUAGAAAAGAGCGGCGUUGCGGGAGUGACUGCGGAAGAACCAGGCCGGUCAGCUGUCGGCAGUGGAUCGAUGCCGUCAGCGGUGACGUCAGCAAACGAGCCGGCAAAACCCGGGCGUUGGAACGCGGGGUCUGGAAAGCCGCUUAGCUUGGACGGUGGGCCCCUCGAGUGUCAAGAGGUCCAAACGAACAGUGGGCUUGGAGAAACGGAGGACGGACGAUCUGAAGCGUCCGCUGAAGCGUCCGGGCAAGCGGAAAGUGGACAGGUGGCGGGAUCUAAGUUUAGCUGCAGGUGCGGGGCGCACGUGAAGCAAAGCCCGGAGCGGAUCGGACAGCUGGGCGAUUCGGUGUGGCGGAGAAAGCUCAGCUCAGCCGUUCGAGAAGCUCUGGCGUCUGCCGUGCGUGAAGGGCGAGGAGUGACGUCACAAGGGGGAUGGGUGACGUCAGAAGACGGGCGGAGAGAGGCGGACGGCGGGUCGGAUGUCACCUGUCAAUCGGGGGGCGCUCCGAACGGUGAAGCAGUCGGAUUGGAGGACGCAGGGUCGAACGCGGCCGCGGAAGACAGUAGUGGAAGAGACAGAAUUGAUGCUCAGGAACUGGACGAUUCAACAAGAGCAUGCACGCUUGCCCCCAUCGUUUUGGUUGCAGACGACAGCCCCCUCCUUCCUUUGCUCGCGGCCAAGCACCUUAGCGAGAUUUUCGAACCGGGAAGUAGCUCGCGAGAAGUCGAAACCUCUAGCCUUCCCCGAAACACAGAUAGGAAUCACAAAAGCAAGGCGUCUUCUGCCAACGCCUCAGAACACAAAGCGCCGAACGGUUGCGGUUCUAAGAGUCGGGAGUUUGCAGACCCCGGGACGGUUCCUAGGGAGACAAAAGCGGACGGACUCGCUGCUGGAGCACUGAACGGAACGAACGGACCGUCGGAAGGACGGAAUGGCUCUGAAGCCCCAAAAGUGCAUUUUUUGGCCCGGGAGGGACCAGCGGCGAUACAAGGUUUCAUGAAAAUUAGAGGGGAGGCCACAGGGAUCCCGCCUGCUUUUGUUCCAGAUCGGUUAGUGGGAAGAGGGGGGAGCCUUUUAGCGGAAGACUUCAAAGGAAAAAAGAUCGUGGCUCUUCUUGCGGAACCCUGGUACAGCACGUGCGAGUCGGGCCCACCCUGGGCGCACGCGCUUCGCUUCUGGCACCUGAGAACUAUCUUAGAUACGGCAAUGGCCCCAACGGCGCCAAUCGUGCCUUUCCGGGCCGUUUUACGGGGGGUUGCCAUUUCCGCUCCGGACCUGUGGGAGAGCCGGCGCGCCCUCUCCUCCGUCGAGGGCUUUGACCAUUCCCCGGCCAACCGUCUGCUGGGCGCAUGCGGACUGUCCGGAGCAAUGGUUCCAAAGGAUUCGGACGCUUCGGACGGUUUGCAGGAUCUGGCAGCGGGCUGUCCGAUUCUGCCGUUCCCGCUUUGGCAGUGUGGGGCUUCUUACCAGGAAGUCAGCGAGCCGUUCGAUCUGCUGACGUUUGACUUUACUGAGAGGCUGACGUCACUCGAGGGGAUCGCUGAGGCGUCGUCAGGCGGGCCGGAAAUGUGUCACGGGAUCGCGCUUUGGAUGGACUACUACUCAAGCGGCGACCAGUCUCCCGUACUCUCCACCAGAUGGUCGCCUGGUGACGCGCCGUCUGUUCACAAACAGGGCGUUCAGCUUUUCCGGCUGCCGGUUCAAUUAAGGACCAGUGGCGGGGUCGUGCUAUCUGCAGAAAACGUCAGGAAUUUGCGGAUUACCGCGUGCUUGGAUGGCCGAGCUGGCAAAGUCAGAUUUGCCGCCAGAGUCAAAGAGGACACUUGAAAAAGUACGGCACCAAAAACAGCUGUGCUUCGACUGAUUAGCAACGACCCUAGCAUAUACAUGCAUUGCAAGCCGGCCAGUGUGAUGGUUUGCCACUGUAACUGGGUCGUAGAUGUAUGAUUAGCCCGGAUGGAAUUUAAAGGAGC